CUCUUCAGUUUGCUGCUUCGCCCGGCGGGAUUUCCGCAAUAAUAUCAAGUAUGGCGAAGACAUACGACUAUUUGUUUAAAUUACUGCUAAUCGGUGACUCCGGUGUCGGGAAGACCUGCGUUUUGUUCAGGUUUUCAGAGGACGCGUUCAACUCAACGUUUAUUUCAACAAUAGGCAUUGAUUUCAAGAUUAGGACAAUAGAGCUUGACGGCAAGAAGAUAAAGUUACAGAUAUGGGACACAGCUGGGCAGGAGCGCUUCCGAACAAUCACAACUGCCUACUACAGAGGGGCAAUGGGCAUUAUGCUUGUCUAUGACAUCACCAACGAGAAGUCUUUUGACAAUAUCAAGAACUGGAUAAGAAACAUAGAGGAGCAUGCAUCAGCGGAUGUGGAGAAGAUGGUCCUUGGCAACAAGUGUGACAUCAAUGACAAGCGGCAGGUGUCCAAAGACAGAGGGGAGAAGCUUGCCUUAGAAUACGGAAUCAAAUUCAUGGAGACAAGUGCAAAGGCCAACAUCAACGUGGAAAAUGCUUUUUUGACACUUGCCAGAGACAUCAAAUCAAAAAUGGACACAAAGUUGGAGGGAAACACACCUCAGGGCAGUAGUCAUGGAGUCAAGAUCUCAGAACCUCAGAAAAAGACCAGCUUCUUCCGCUGCAGCCUCCUCUGAGGCACCAAGGCGUUGGAUACUGGCCGCCAGCUGGCUGGACAUCAGCGGACUGUGCUCGCUCUUUAGCACUUGUUCUAUCCCCUCCAUGGUCUGUCCUCCCAGUCCAGACACAAACCAUCAUACUUUUAGUAAGCCGAGGACUCUUCCUGCUUUCUUCCUCAUCUGAAAGCUUCCAGUGGUGCAUCUUCUUCCAGUGUAAUAAAAUUUCUCGUCUUCGUCAGUCAGAUGGCUUGACAGAAGGAUGUCACAUCCAGGAGGAUUAAGAUAUUCCGUAUCUAACAGAAGACAGGCUCUAACUCCUGCUGUUAGUGUCUUUGUAUUCUGGGCUCAUAUUUCACACAGACAGUAGCACAACCCGUUCAGAAGGAAACAUCAUUCAACUCCAGUCAAGGUUGUGGGAUUGGAAUAUAAAUGUGAUAUUUAGAUCUAUUUUUUAUUAGUGCUCUUUCCCUUUUUUAUGUGAUAAAACAGAUAAAACAACCAGAGACUGACAGGCAUUAAAUCCAGUGAUACAGAGUUGCCUCUUUGUGAAAUUACACCAGACAAACAGCUGAGGGUUUAAAGUAUGCAGAUUGGUUAGAAUAUAGUCUGUCAUAAUCUUUUAAUACAACUUGAAAUUGGCAAGAUAACACCUCCAACUACAAUGCAGAUUUCUUUUGCUCUAGAUUAAAUUCUAUUAUUAAAUGGACAGGAUAACAUUGAGGUGAUGGAUCUCUGUAAAGGCCUUCAUCUGGGCUCUCUAUCACAAACCAAGUUCACUAGACCCAGGGUCUCCUACCAUUUCCCCAUCUUAAAACCAGCCACGGUCUUGCCAAGCGAUAUCAGUGGUCAUCAACUCAUUUUGUUAACCCAGGUUUUCUGACUUAAGUUAUGAGGGUUUCUGUGUAAUAGGGGCAGUGUUGGCAAUGGGUAACCAUUCAUGGACUUGGACAGGUUAGGUUUUCAGCAUAAGUUACCAUGGUGAUUCACCCCACACUCAUGACACUGACUACCUGGGAUUGAUCCUGAAGUUACCUCACUGACCCCUUACUCUUUGAGCUACAGGCCCCAUGUGUAAUAAUCUGUGAGAUAAGUAUUAUACAUACAAAACAUAAAUACUGAUUAAUGUAUGUAUUUAAAUACAUGUUUGCACUGUUUUGUUUUUUUAAUGUAAUAAACAUAUAACCUCUAAAUUCUUAAAAUAGCACUUUAUGUUCAAUUUUACCAAUAUGUUGUCUGGAGAGAAAUCUACUACUAGUACAUCUAGUUUGUAAAAUAUCAGUAGAAGAGGAAAAAAAAACCCAAGGUGACAUUUUAGAUAUUUUAGUUAUUUCAGAUGUGUUUCUCAUGAACCCUUUUAGUUUUAGCUAAACUACACCAACUUUCAUUAGAUUUGCCUCUGAGUGAAGCGCCUGUGGCAGCUCUGAUUCGCUGUGGCUACAUGAUGUCUCUGGUUUUCUGAUCAACAUUUCAAAAUCACUGAAGUUUCGCACUGUAAGCCUGUUUCCCCUUGGCUGUACACGCAACUAUGCUUGCACUUUACCCAUAACUCAUGUUCUGUGUAGUCUGUGCCAAGUGAUCGUUUUCAGUUCGACAAUACAGUUAGCUAGUUUAAAAAAAAAAAGUUUUGAUGACUUAUCCUUGGGAAUAUAAUGGGCAGUUUUACUGCACCUUCUUAAAAAUGACUUGAUAAUCUUUGCUGUUUCUGUGCUAUUUAUCCACUGUCCUGGUAUUAGAUCACUAAAAAUACUGCCCUUAUUUACAACAACAGCCAUAUUUUAUAUUUACAAAUUGCAGUCCCUUAUUUCUAUGCUACUGCCCUGCCAAAGCAUAGUGUAAAAGUGAUAUUUCUUGGCUGACAUAAAGGUAGACUAUGGUUCAGUAGUAUGGUUCUAUAGUAUUACUGUAUAUUAUCUUGUUUGUGUGCGUCAUUGGUUGACAGCUAGGUGGCACUAAAGGAACAGUGUAUCUGUGACCACCCUGACAAAAACUGAUAUCAGUAUUUUAAUACAAACCGCAGUAAUAAUUAGACUUACACAUGUACCCUCUGCUUGUAUUUACCAUAUUGUAGAGUCUUAGUCUGUUCCCAUUGUUUAUCAUAUUUCCUACAUUUUUUCCUAAGUCUGAAAAUCCAGUUCCAAUAUGCACAAUAUCAACAGGGGGAAUCUGUUUUUGCCUGCAUGUAAUUUUUUAAUAUCAAAUAAUUUGAGACCUCAUGACUACCAUGACCAUUUGUCUUAACAGUUGAUUCUCAGUUCUGUCGUAGGUAAGCUAUGCAUUGUGAAUCUUGGACCUGUGCAUAUUUGUGUAGUGUAAUUUUCAGACAUAGAGUGCUUGUAGACCCGUACAGUUUAAUGUAUGGGCUCACUUUAUUUUAUUUUUUGUUUUGUGUCAUUCGCUGAGCCAAAAACAGGACGUGUUCUGUAAGUAGGGAAGCACAUUGCUACAUCUGUGCAAGUACAAUAGGAAAGGUUAGGAGAUAGUGCUGUUGUAAGAGUUGUUUGAUACUGUAGCUUUAAGUCAUGAAGAAGUGUUGGGGCUGAUAUAUGUAUCAUUUACUGACAAAAUGAUACUUUUUUUGUUUUUUUUUAAACCAUAUCCUUUUCUGAAGACUCACAUCAUAUGAAAUACUUAACAUCCCUUUUUACAGCCAUAAUUGUCAUUCCACGUGCACAGGGAGAAUAACAAUAAAAUGCAUUUGAUGCAAUGAAAAACAGUUAAAAAAAAAAA